AUGGAAAUAAAGCAAGUUUUUGUAAAAAAAAGAUCACAUUUUGGAAAACAAUGCAUUUUUGAUGACUCAGAGGUCACUGUGGAGGAAAACAUAUUCCCGAAUCAUGAUGCUAUGAAAGAUUAUGUAAGAAUAAACCCAGUCGACAAAGCCGUGCAAAUCUCAAAAAAAUUUGCAGUACACGAGAGAGUACUCACAGUACUUUGGAAUAAGAAUGGCGUGUUCGUGAUAAAGGAUACUUUGUAUGAGCGAACUACCUGA